AUGUUAGUGUCUUCACAUUGUGUAAGUCGUUCAUCGUCACUGGUAACUAAAUAUUUUACCAAAUGUUUCCUAUCAAAUUUGGUAUCAAAACGAUAUUUACCACUUGAAAAUAGUCUUGGGAUUAUCUCAAAUUUACACACACGUUCAUUUCAUACAUCAAGUCAACGAAAUAAAAAAGAUUAUUAUGAUGUUUUAGGCAUAUCAAAAACAGCAACUGCAAAAGAUAUUAAAAAAGCUUAUUAUUCAUUAGCAAAACAAUAUCAUCCAGACACAACAGAUAAGAAAGAUGCAGCAACAACAAAACGAUUUCAAGAAGUUUCAGAAGCUUAUGAAGUAUUAAGUGAUGAAACUAAACGAAAGAAUUAUGAUACAUAUGGUAUGGGUAGUGAUCCAUUUAGUUCUAGUCAAGAAUCAUAUCCCGGUGCUGAUGUUCGUGGACGUUCAACUGAUCCAAAACAAGGUGGUUUUCGUGGUUAUGAAUAUUAUCAAUCUCAAGUUGAUCCUGAAGAAUUAUUUCGUAAAAUCUUUGGUGAUGCAUUUAAUCGAGGUGGUUUUGGUAAUCAUGAUUGGAUGGAUGAACCGGAAGAGAAUAAAUUUGGUAGACAAGGCAUAAGUCAAUUAGCACUUGAUUUAACAUUUCAAGAAGCAGUUCUUGGUUGUAAUAAAGAUGUUAAUGUUCGAAUUGUUGAUGUAUGUCCAUCUUGUGGUGGUACUCGAUGUGCAGCUGGUACUAAACCUCAACCAUGUCGAACAUGUAAUGGAACAGGCAUGGAAACAAUUGAAACUGGACCAUUUUUCUUACGUGCUACUUGUCGAACAUGUCAUGGUCGAUGUGAAACUAUUGCUAAACCAUGUUAUGAAUGUUCAGGAAAAGGAAAAACAAUACAAAAAAAAUUUGUAACUAUACCAAUUCCAGCUGGUGUGGAAGAAGGACAGGCGAUGAGAGUUAAUCUUGGUAUAUCCGAAGUAUAUGUUACAUUUCGUGUUAAAUCUAGUGAAAAAUUUCGUCGCGAUAAAGAAGAUAUUCAUAGUGAUAUAAAUAUAACUAUUGCUCAAGCUGCACUUGGUGGAACAGUUAAAGUACCAGGAAUUUAUGGAGAACAUGAGUUACAAAUUCCGCCUGGUACACAAUCUCAUCAACGUUUUCGUUUAGCUGGUAAAGGUAUAAAACGUCUGCAAGGUUCAGGAACAGGUGAUCAUUAUGUUCAUGUAAAGAUCAAAAUUCCUACACGAUUAACAAAUGAACAAAAAACAUUAUUAUUAUCAUUUGCUGAACAUGACAAAGAUACUGAAGGAACAGUAAAUGGUUCAUCAAAAACUAAAACACCGGAAAAACCAAAAGAAAAAGAAGGUUUCUUUCAAAAAAUCAAAAAAGCAAUUUUCGAUUGA